AUGCUGUUCCCUUUUACCGUUGCGGCUCUUGUGACUAUUUUUACGACGGGUGUCAGUGGAAUCAUUAACGGAUUAGGCACAAGGAUCCACGAUGCUCCAUUCGCUGUGAUGAUUUUUGACAGGUCUGAUUUGCAGGCCUUUACUGGACUCAUAUGUGGGGGUGCAAUUAUUAGCAGAAGGUAUAUUCUAACUGCAGCUCAUUGCCUAGGGGAACCUGUAUCGGAUAAUGAUGUAAAAUAUCAUCACGAGUGGCUACGUGUUAUGGCAGGCGUGAGCUCUUACACCUGCGGUAUUAGAACAUAUGAAAUAUCAAAUGCUUUUAUUCAUCCGGACUUUACUGGAGAUCUCAAUAGGGCAGGCUCUGUGCGAGGGGAUGUAGCAGUUCUGCAGGUACGCACACAGCAAAAAACGUCCGAAUUUUGCAUAAUUCUUGUCAAAGUUCUUCAGACGUGA